GAAUAAUGCUAAAACCUUGCUGUGUUCUUUCUAUAAUUUAUUACACCUAGCUAUUUGUGCAUCCGUUCCAAUCAAGCAACCUUGCCUUUGAAACAGGUGCCCGUAAUGGUGUAACAAGACAAUCAAAAUGUCAUUUUAAACAAAAAUGACGGUGCGAAAAGAUGCAAGUUCUAAACGUACCAAUGGUAAGUGAAGCCGAAAAGCUGAAGCAAAUCGAGAAUUUGCUGCCGCAGUCAUCAACUCGAUCCAAAACACAUGGUGUAAUCUUCUGCGUAACGCGUGGUAAAGAUACGCAGUGCUUAAAUAUGUACGAAGCGAAGAUAGUUUUCAUUCUGACAGUCAACUUGUGUCGUAAGGAUAUUAAGCCAGAAUUCAUUGGCAUCAUAAGUCCGUACGUAAAACAAGUUGAACAUUUACACAAACUUUUUGAUGACGCCGACGUAGCAUCGCCUAAAAUAGGUACCAUGGGGGAAUUCCAAGGAGAGGAAUGCGACAUAAUAUUGAUCUUAACAGUGAAAUCAAAUUAGGACCAUAUACCUAGCGAUUUGCGCCUUGGAGUAGGUUCCAUCCAAAACGAGAAACGGAUUAACGUCACAAUAACUCGACCACGCUGCCUUCUUAUAAUAUACGGCAACUCCUAACUACUCCUUUUGGAUCCUCAUUAGCGCAUGAUUAUAAAGUACUGCGUCGAUAAUGAUGCCUACUUCAAUGUGCAGGAUUUCCCUAUUAUUAAAGCUCGACGUGGUGAAUACCGCAAUGACAAACAAAUGUUUCAGAAGACGCUCGUUGUACCCAAAAAUUUGAA